CGGCCUACAGUUCCCCAUGACCAGUUCGCUAUCUCGAUCUGUACCCCUGUCAAUUCCAUCAACGCGCUCUCACAUUCGUGCUUUUACCUUACGCCCCACCGUGUCUGUCCCGAUCGCUUUCUCGACUUCAACCUCUCCUACUAUCCACCGUAGAUACCUCCGGAUACCUUCUCCGAUAAUGAACUCCAACACGAAACUCGCCGCGACUCAACUGGAGCAACUCGACGAGUUAUCCGAUUUCGAAAAGCUUCUCUCACCGAGUGGUCACAUCUCUAUCUGCGGCUUCGGUUCCCUCCUCUCUGAAAGGAGCGCGCGGAGUACGUUCCCAAAUCUAUUAAACUUCAGAGUAGCGAAAUUGAAAGGAUUUAGGCGUGUCUUCGCUCACGUCGCUCCAAUUUUCUUUGACCGUGGCAUCGCCAAGCCAGAAACUAAGGAGAUAUCAAGCUUAAGUGUAGAACCUUGUGAAGGAGAGACUCUAAUCGUUACUGUUUUUGAGAUUAAAAAAUCAGAGAUUCCAGCUUUCAUUGAAAGAGAACUCGAGUUCCGUUUUCUAGCUGUCUUGCCUGAAACACUUGAUGGAGAGCCGUUUGCCAAUCCAGCCGUUCUUUGUGGCCGUUACAGUGAUGAGGAAUUCUUUCAAAUUAGAUGCAAAGGAAGAAAGGACAUUUAUUUCCAGCAUUAUGGUCGUUGCAAUAUCGAGAAGAUUUGGCGAGAUGAUAUCUUGCCAUGCCGUGUAUAUCUUCGACACUGUGUAUUGGCAGCUAAGAAUCUAGGUGAUAUUGCUUACAACAACUUUCUGGAUCAUACUUUCCUCGGAGACCGAACGACCACCAUCCGGACGUAUUUGUCGACUACGGGUUCCGGGAUCAUGGAAGAGGAGCCUCCAGAAUCUCUGAAGUCUCGCUACGGCGGCUGAUAUUAUAGGCAAAUUGACAGGUUAUCCUCUUGAUGUUUCUAUUGUUAACCAUAUUUCGAGGUCUGGUUGAUAGAGGAGCCAAAACGAGAAUGGUUGCCAUUUUCAACUGGCCUAAAGAGACAGCUUGGAGGGUUUAUCUCAAGAAUUUUAAUUUUCAAAUAAAAACACCAUUAUUG